CUCCCAUUGGUUAUAGACAGGUGGGGUUUGGGAAUAAAUAGGGUCCCCGGUCCACUAGACUGUCACAUUCUCACAAUGGCUUUCCUCUGGUUCGUGUCCUGUCUCGCUUUCAUCAGCGCCGCCUACGGCUGCGGCAUCCCCGCCAUCAAGCCCGAGGUGUCUGGCUAUGCCCGCAUCGUUAAUGGUGAGGAGGCUGUGCCCCACUCCUGGCCCUGGCAGGUAUCUCUGCAGCAGACCAGCGGCUUCCACUUCUGUGGGGGAUCCCUGAUCAACGAGAACUGGGUGGUCACCGCCGCUCACUGCAACGUCGCUACCUACCACCGCGUGAUCGUUGGAGAGCACAAGAGGGGCAGCGGCAACAAUGCUGAGGACAUCCAGAUCCUGAAGCCCGCUAAGGUGUUCACCCACCCCAAGUGGAACCCCAGUACCAUCAACAACGAUAUCUCCCUGAUCAAGCUGUCCACCCCUGCUGUCCUGAACACCAAUGUGUCCCCGGUGUGCCUGGCUGAGACCGCCGACGUCUUUGCACCUGGCAUGACCUGUGUGACCUCCGGCUGGGGUCUGCUGCGCUACAAUGCUAUCAACACCCCUAACGAGCUGCAGCAGGCUGCUCUGCCCCUGCUGUCCAACGAGCAGUGCAAGCAGCACUGGGGGAGCAGCAUCUCCGACGUCAUGAUCUGUGCCGGUGGUGCUGGUGCUACCUCCUGCAUGGGUGACUCCGGUGGCCCCCUGGUCUGUGAGAAGGACAACGUCUGGACCCUGGUCGGUAUUGUGUCCUGGGGCAGCAGCCGUUGCUCCACCACUACUCCCGCUGUGUACGCCCGCGUCACCGAGCUCCGUUCCUGGGUGGACCAGACCCUGGCCGCCAACUAAGAGCCAUGCUGCAGCGUCCCUGUCCAUCCUGUAUAUUGCUAUGUCAUUUUAUGCAUUGUUAUGUCAUACUAUGUUUUGCUAUGUCAUUCUAUAUAUUACUAUGUAAUGUACAACAACUAAACAUUAGCUACCAAGACUGAGAGUGCCACCCAUUGGUCUGAACUGAACAUGACAUUCAAUAAACAUACUUGAACAUAAAAAAUA